AUGGCAUUGAAAUUCAUUCAAGUUUGCAGGGUAGCUCCACAACCAGGCUCGUGGGCCGCCUUGGCCAUCCCAGCUCAAGGUGAGAAACUUAUGUACGAUGUAGAUGCCGCUACGUCAAAAGCAAUAUCUCAAGUCAAUCACACUCUACCGGCUCAAGAGGACUUGUCUCUUCCUCUAACCUUCAUAGACCUCGUAUGGCUAAGGUAUCCACCCUUCCAUCGCCUUUUCUUCUAUGACAUAUUGCCUUGCUCUUCCCCGGCAGAUACCCUACUCUUCUUUCAUUCAAUAAUUAUUCCAAAACUCAAAACCUCUCUCUCUAUCGCCCUCCAACAUUUUCUACCUCUAGCCGGAAACAUCACUUGGCCCGAAAGCUCCCCCAAACCCACCCUAAAUUAUGUCAAAGGCGACACCGUUUCCCUCACAGUAGCCGAAUCUGAUGCCGAUUUCCACCAUCUCUCAAGCAAUGACUUUAACAUUGAUGCCAAAGAAUACCACCCUCUUGUACCCCAACUGGCGAAAUCUCACGAAAAAGCCGCCGUGAUGGCGUUUCAAAUCACCGUCUUUCCCAACAGCGGCGGCUUUUCCAUUGGAAUAUCCAUGCACCAUGCAGUUGUUGACGGCAAGACUCUCUUCAUGUUUCUGAAAUCAUGGACCCACAUAUGCAAACAUGUUCAUAAAUCUGAUGACAUUGUUUUGCCUGAUCAGCUCAAACCAUUUUACGACAGACGGGGUCUGAAAGACCCCAUCUGUCUCCAACUGGAAGAGAUUUACUUGAAUCAGUUUCUGAACAUGGACAGACGACAAAAUAAUCGAAGCUUGAUGGUUGCAGCCCGCUAUGAAUCUCUAGUGAUAUCAAAUUCAACUCGGGGCAACUUCGAAUUCACGAGCGCAAAGAUUCAAGCUUUACGGAAAUGGGUCAGGACCAGGAAACAACAGGAAGGAGAUGAUGGAUCCGUUCAUUUGUCGACAUUUUCUCUAACGUGUGCCUACACAUGGGUUUGCUUACUAAAAGCAGAGAAAGAAGAGCAAGAAGAAGUAAACGGGGGCCAAAUAAUACCUAUGGCAUUUAGCGUGGACUGCCGGUCGCGCUUAACCCCUCCUUUGCCUGGAAACUAUUUUGGAAACUGUGUAACGGGCUCUGUAGCACUUGCAGAAAGAAAGGGACUUCUAGGAGAAGACGGGUUGGUUGUAGCGGUAAAUGCGAUUAGUGAAGCCAUUAAGGGUUUGGAUGGCGGGACUCUGACGAAUGGCGCGGAGAAUUUGGUUUCCAUAUUUUACCCUUCUGAUGAACAGACUAGUAGUGGUGCUGGUCAUCGGAGAGUAUUUACGACCGCUGGAUCGCAUCGGUUUGACAUGUACGAUACUGAUUUUGGAUGGGGAAGGCCAAGGAGCACCGAAGUAGUUCGGAUACAUACAAUCGGAAUAAUCACUUUUGCAGAUGGCAAGAAUGGUGGCGGAGCUGUUGACAUCGGGUUGGUUUUGAAAAAACAUCAUUUGGAGGCUUUUGCUUCGCUAUUUGCUAAAGGAAGCUCUAUGUUUCUCGGAUGAAUUGGUAUAAAUAAU